AUGUCCAGUGGGUUCGUUUCAUCGGAUGAACUGGAAGAACAGCGGAAGAAGCGACAAGAGGAAUGGGAAAAAGUGAGGAAACCUGAUGAUCCUGUUGAAGCCCCGGAACCUGAAGUUUGCAACAAAUCUCUCUAUGAACAACUUAGGGAUAAUAGGGAAGCCAAACAAGCCGAAAUCGACGAAGCUAAGAAAUUCAAAAAUAUGAUCCGUGGUAUAGAUGAAGACGAAAGCGAUUUUCUAGCUCGUGUAAGCGAGCUUAAAUCAGAAGAGCUACGAAAAGCAAGAAGAGAAGAAGAGGAAGCUAUCAAAGAGGCCGCCCUCGUUAGGAGCAGGCAGAAUUUAAUAGAGCCGCCAACGAUAUCCCAACUUAAAGUUCUUCCUAAAAAUGAUAAGCCACCAAAAUCCAAACAGGCGGCUAUAUUAUCUUCGGCUAUUAAGCGGAAAUCGUAA